AUGUUUGCUUCCCUACAGCUGGACGGCUCGUGGGAGCAGCUGCAGCAGGCGCAUGCGCUGGCCUCGCAGCAACCCUUCGACGUGUCCAGCGACGCGGAGAACGACGAGUCGGACGGCGGCGUCGAAGGCGGGCACACGGACGCGGCCGCCCUGGCGCUCAUGCUGCAGGAGCAGCUCGACGCCAUCAACACUGAGAUCCGCCUCAUCCAGGAGGAGAAGCAGUCCACCGAGGCGCGCGCCGAGGAGCUCGAGUCCCGGGUGGGCAGCUACGAGCAUAUGAACGUGGUGUCGCGGCGCGGCGAGUCGCCGCCGCUGGCCGCCUCGCCGUCGCGUCCGCACCCGCUGCCGCACCCGCCUCAUCCGCACCACGCGUCGCACCACAAGUACCACACGGCGCCGGCGUCGAUGUCGCCCGGACACGCGGUGUACCGGCCGCCGCCCUCCUCCGAAAGCCUGCCCUCCAGCCAGUUACAGUUGUGCGAAGAAGGUGCGGGCAUGGGGGCGGGCCCCGCGGGCCCCGCCGGCGCCGAAGGGGCGGAGUCUCCGCUGACCGCGCGUUCGCUACGACUAGAGCGUGCGGCGCGCGCGUUGCACGCCGAGCGCGACCGACUGAGCAGGACGCACUACCAGCCGCCUUAUGACUCGACUUCAAUGAUGUCGGGGAGCCUCGCGCGGUUCCCGAUCCACAGCUCAAGUCAAGAGUCGUUAGGCGGGCUAACCACGAGCGGCUGGGGCGGCGGCGGCGGCGGGGCGUCGCCGGGGCUGCCGCGGGGCGUGGCGGCGGCCGCCUCGGCCGUCUCCAUCGCUUCUAUGCACCAGCAGAAGAAGCGGGGCAUCAAGAGCUCGUUAGGAAGGUUCUUUAGUAAGAAAGAAAAGGCUGGAUUACCGAUGCAACAGACCGGUGGCGCUCGGUCGCUGUCGUCGGCGUCGUCGCUCGGGCUGUCGUCGCUGGGAGACGAACCUGCGCCUGACCUCGCGCCACUGCAACAUCAAGACUACGCGCGCUCGAAGACAAAAGAAAGGGACUACCGGCACGAGCUCCUAGGCGAGGCGAUGCGUGCAGGCACGCCCUUCGCGCUAUGGAACGGGCCCACCGUGGUGGCGUGGCUCGAACUGUGGGUCGGCAUGCCGGCCUGGUACGUGGCGGCCUGCCGCGCCAACGUCAAGUCCGGCGCCAUCAUGUCCGCGCUGUCCGACCAGGAGAUCCAGCGGGAGAUAGGCAUAAGCAACCCGCUGCACCGGCUGAAGCUGCGGCUGGCGAUCCAAGAGAUGGUGUCGCUGACGUCACCGUCGGCGCCGCGCGGCACCGCCUGCGCCGCGCUCGCCUUCGGGGACAUGAACCACGAGUGGAUCGGCAACGUGUGGCUGCCCUCGCUAGGAUUACCUCAAUAUAGGACGACGUUUAUGGAAUGUCUGGUGGACGCUAGAAUGUUAGAACAUUUAACUAAACGAGAUUUAAGAACGCAACUCAAAAUGGUCGACAGUUUUCACAGGACGUCGCUCCACUUCGGCGUGCAGUGCCUGAAGCGCGUGGGGUACAGCGUGCGCGUGCUAGAGGAGCGGCGGCGCGCGGCCGAGCACGCCGUGCGCGACGUGCUCGUGUGGACCAACGAGCGGCUGCAGCGCUGGCUCGCCUGCAUCAACCUGAAGGAAUACGCCAACAACUUGUCGGAGAGCGGCGUGCACGGCGCGCUCAUCGCGCUCGACGACAACUUCGACGCCAACAGCAUGGCGCUGGCGCUGCAGGUGCCCACGCAGAACACGCAG